AGUUUGUCGAUAGUUCUUAUAAGAUUUUCCUAUCAUAAUGGCUGAUGUAGAUGAUUUAGACAUUAAUGAAAAGCUUAUUCUGUCAGAUAAGUCUUCUUAUAUGCCUCAGAGGUAUGCUUCGAGCUUGAAGGAGAGUGUAAACCUCACAGACUUGGCAACUGGCGAAGGAGUGGAGUUUGAAGUUGAUGAAAAUGGUCCUCCCCGCGAUAGCGACGAUGAAGAUGCCGGGAAAAAUUACUUUGAUUCAGAAGAAAUGUUCCAGAUUUUGAAUAACGAGCCGUUAGGUAAUGAUAACGACGAUGAUAACAGUGCUGCAGAUCAACCGUUUGAGCACGUUGCUAAGGACAUGGAGGACAUUACUCAAAUCCAAGAUAAAGGUGUUCUAAAAAAGAUUCUUCGUCCUGGUGUGGGUCCAGUAGUGCCUAGAACAGCCACGUUAAGGUUUCAUUACAAUGCUUAUCGUGAGUUUGGUGAUGAGCCGUAUGAUUCAUCAAGGUUUAGAGGUAAACCAGAGUCUGCAAGGCUUGGUGGAGGGGCAUUUCCUGGCCUAGACAUUGCUCUCUCGACCAUGAGGAAGGGAGAGCUGGCCAAAUUCCUCUUCAAGAAAGAAUAUGUCUUCAAAGAUCUUGGGUGCGAACCUAGAGUUCCUGGUGGCACUGUAUUAUGGGAAAUAGAGCUGCUUGGGUUUGUUGAUCAUGGCGUGCUUGAAGACAUCAAUGAAAUGCCAAGAGGAGACAAAAGAAAAGCAUCUUUUCAGCACCUUCUUACAAUAGCCAGCGGYCAUAAGGAGGUUGGAAAUGAUCUUUAUAAAAGAAAGCAGGUUUCUCAAGCAAUAAGUAAAUACAUGAAAGCAAUAAAGCURUUAGAGGARUGUUCAUUACAGGAUGAGAAGGAAGAGAAAGAGAUGAAUGCAAUACUGCUGAAAUUGUACAGUAACAUGACGCAGUGUGCAUUAGAGCUAGGCCAGUCAGCCAGAGCUAUCAAGUAYGCCAGAAAGGUGUUGUAUGUUGAUCCUAAGAAUGUAAAAGCUUUGUUUAGAAUGGGCAAAGCAUAUAUGAAAGAAAGUGAGUUUGAUCGWGCAAGAGAGUUUUUUGUCAAAGCYUUGCGUCGAGAACCAAACAACCCAGACAUCAAGAAAGGAAUGAUAGAACUAAACAGAAAUGUGGAGAGCUUUAAACAACUGGAGAAAGAAAACUGCCAAGCGAUGAUGCGCAAAUACUUAAGUAYRYCUGACAAAGUAGAUGACAAAMACACUGAAGCUUCUAACACUGAURCCAUCAUAUCCAAAGAUAUCCAGGAAUUGACAAYRCAGUUAAAUGAGUUUGUUAAUAAUCCAGUCAUGAAGGAAAUGGUAUUACCAUCUUCACUGACAGAAGCUGAGAUGAAAUUUGUGGAAASCAGUGCUGUAAAUAUGGGCCUUAAAACAGAAAUCAAGAAGUUGGGGGGCAACAARAAGCAGUUAAUAGUUAGAAAGUGAUCAGGUAGAUCAAGCAAGACUCAAAGAUCCACAAAAACAUCCACAUUGUACGUACAAGAACUUCAUCCCUUUUCAUGUUUGUAAGUUAUUUCAGUUAUAUUGAUGUUUUCAUAGCAAAACAAUUUAAAGCAAUUUAUGCAAAAAAUAUAAUAUAUUGAUUAUUGAUAAUUGAAGCUUUUUGUGUAUUAUAAUACCAUUUGUACAUGAUUACAUGUGAUUAAAAUGUUCAUAGUCUAACAAAGA